AUGAUCCUGUUAGAGGUGAACAACUGCAUCAUUGAGGAGAGUCUCACACUCAAAUUCAAGAAUGUGGCUGCCAAUAACAAAUCAGAAGAGGUAGAAGUAACAUUUGCAGAUUUUGAAGGAAUCCUCUAUCAUAUUUCAAAAAACAAAAUUAUGGUCAGUAUUUCUUUGAAAUUCUACAAGUAACUUCAAGUGCAUGGUGCUUAUGAGUUAUUAAAGAGGGUAUACGGGAGUUUCUUGUUAAAUCUUGAAUUGGGUUGCAAUGGCUCCUUGCUAUAUGACCUUAAAAAUCUCCCGGCAUCCAAAGAUUCCUUUGUGCAUCAGGCUGCCAUGUUGAAACAAAAUUGUUUUACUUCUGUCUUUGAGAAAUAUUUUGAGUUCCAAGAAGAAGUCAAGGAAGGAGAGAACAGGGCAGUUAUCCAUUAUAGGGAUGAUGAAACCAUGUAUGUUGAAUCUAAAAAGGACAGAGUCACAAUAGUCUUCAGCACAGUGUUUAAGAAUGAUGAUGAUGUGGUCAUUGGAAAAGUAUUCAUGCAGGCGUUUAAAGAAGGCUGCAGAACCAGUCACACAGCCCCACAGGUCCUCUUUAGCCACAAGGAAUCUCCUCUAGAGCUGAAAGACACCAAUGCUGCCAUGGGUGACAACAUUGGCUACAUUACCUUCAUGCUGUUCCCUUGCCACACCAAUGUCAGUGUUCCAGACAACACCAUCAACCUGAUCCACAUAUUCUGGGACUAUCUGCACUACCACAUCAAAUGCUCUAAAGCCUAUAUUCACACCCUAAUGUGGGCAAAAUCAUCUGACUUCCUCAAGGUACUGUAUCAUGUAUGUCCAGAUGCAAAGAAGAAAGAAGUGAAAAUAAUCACAAGGAAGACAUUUCCAUCCCACUAA